UUAUACCCAUGCAAAAAGCUCGAGCGCACAGCGAAGCACUCUGGCUCAGCGCUUCUCGAGGGGAGGACGUAAAGCUACAACUCAACAAUACAAACCUAUCCCCUCUUUUUUUUUCCUUCUUUCUUUUACGGACUUAAACAGCACAUAAGCUUUUAAAGUAACUUUUCCACAACCAAAACCAGUCGUGGCACAAACUAACAUUUCCGCACGUCGCGUUCUGGGAUCCUGGUCGGUCCUCCAUGAAAGAGGGAGUGCGGCAGCAAACUUGGGGAAAAGAGAUGUCUGCGACUGUCUUGUCUGCGUUCUACGACAUGGAAAUGCUUUACAAGCAGGAUAAAAGCAUGAACAUGAACGCCCUCCACAUCAACAGCAUGCUGGACAAGAAAGCGGUGGGGGCUCCGGUCACUCCGGGCUCCAGUGGCCCCUUCACACCGGGAUUUUUCCGCAGAAACUCAACCAGCAACGUGGAGGCAAUGAACAACGGCAACAAAUACUCGAUGGGCUCCUACAGCAGCCUGAAGGAGAACACGCCGAGCAGCAACAGCAGCACCACGGCCCUUAUGAACAAGGAGAACAAGUUCCGCGACCGUGCUUACAGCGACAACGGAGACCGGGGCGUGCUGCAGCAGAAGCCCGGCUCUCAGAUCAACUCCACCCGCUACAAGACCGAGCUGUGUCGGCCCUUCGAGGAGAACGGGUCGUGCAAGUAUGGGGAGAAAUGUCAGUUUGCUCAUGGCUACCAUGAGUUAAGGAGCUUGUCCCGCCACCCUAAAUACAAAACGGAGCCGUGCCGCACCUUCCACACCAUCGGUUUCUGCCCUUACGGUCCGCGGUGUCACUUUAUCCACAACGCCGACGAGCGCCGGCCCGCUCCGGCCGCCAACGCUAACAUGCAGACAGGGGAGUCCAGGUCGGCUCGUGAGCUGUGCGGCUACGGCCAGAGGGAUGUCCUGCCGCAGCAGCAGCUCGGCUACACCCAGAGGGACAGACCAAAGCUUCACCACAGCCUCAGCUUCUCCGGCUUCUCCAGCCACAACGGACUCGAGUCUCCCCUGCUCGACAGUCCCAUGUCCCGGACCCCACCACCACCCAACACCGCUUCGUCCUGUACCUCCACCUCCAGCUUCUACGACGAGGUGCUUUCUCCCAACUCCGUGUCUUGCAUCAACAGUGCCUUCUGUUUUCCUGGACAGGACUUAAAAGCCUUACUGGCUCCCCUGGCUGUGCACACCCCAAGCGGCUACACCAACAACCACUCCACCGGUGCCUACUACGGGAACAUGCAGAGCAGCGUGUGCCCGCCCUCCCCUCCGACCUACAAUAUGAGCCACUUGCAGGCUCUGCGCCGCCUCAGCGAGUCACCGGUGUUCGAGCCACCUCCCAGCCCGCCUGACUCGCUCUCUGACCGGGAGAGCUAUGCGAGCGGGUCCCUCAGCUCUUCCGGGAGCCUCAGCGGCUCCGAGUCCCCAAGUCUGGACGCUGGAAGACGUUUGCCAAUCUUCAGCAGGCUGUCGAUUUCAGAUGACUAAUCAUGUUUUGUUUUCAUAUAAUAUGGAUUUAUGGACUGGUAAGGCAGGGUGGUUAAGAAGCCAGGCCAGGGGGUGUCAGUGAGUGAGGUAGACUGUCCUUCAAGCAGAGGAUCCUGGUUAAGCCCCAUCACCCCCAGCCGUCCACCCCAUCUCAGCAACUACCACCCGGCCAAAGUGCCUUCGAGUAAGACAUUGAAUCCCUACCAGCUCCAGUGGUGCUGACCCUGCUCUGACCUCCCUGGAGGGGGGCAAGAGAAGACUUCACCCACAGGGAUCAAGACAGCUUCAAACAGUUUAAAGUGUCCUUGACAUGGCAUUAGUUUAGUAUUUUUUUUUUCUCUUUGUAUGUAAUAUAGCUGUAUUAAAACUUAAGAUAGCAAACAGAAGGCAUUCCAUCAGUGCCUUGCCUGAGGGCCCAUGGCAGCCCCCUCUCCCUUUUGCUCUAUCAGACAAGCCACACUUUUCUUGGGAUUAGAUGUGUGGGUGACAUGACUUGACAAGAAGAGACUCUAAGCAGUUUUCAGAUUUCCUCCCAUCCUGCCAAGAAUAUGCCUUGACUCAAAGUAACAUUUUUUUCUUUAUCAAAUUGUUUUUUUUUUCCUUUUUUUCUGAAAGCUUCAACUUCCAUUCCAGAUCUGUCUUCUCCCAGCGCCACCCAGUGGUUCGUUUGGUUAGUCCAGUUUGUUGCUUGGAUAAAAAGCGCUCUUGAGUUGGGUUUGUUUGGGGAAAUCACUGCUGAUGGUUGAAUAUAUAUUUUUUUAGCUGUUUUUUGAGUGAUUUGCAUAGCUGUGCAUAACUGGCUAUGGACUAUUUAACUUAUUUAUUAUCUUGUGAAAAAAGUAUAGGCUACAUUGGUAAUUUGUGUCCAUACUGUAUUUAUCAAGUAUGAUGAAGCAAUAGAUCUAUAUUCUUUUAUGUUUAAAUUAUGAUCGCCAUUAUUAAUCUGCAUAAAGUGGAGUGUAUGCUCUUUUCACAGUAAUAUAUAUAUUUUGUUUUUCUCCUUGUUUGUAACUUCACUUGGUUAUUUUUAUUGUAAAUGAGUAAAAAAAAAAAAAAUCUUAAUUUAAGAGAACAUGUGAUAUUUAUUUCAUUAAUUUUGUUUCCUUGUUUACGUUUAUUAAAAAAAGGUUUGCGUGAUUGCUGUUUGCUCCUGAGGUUGUGUCAGUGCUGUAGAAGGCUUAUCUUAUUUUUUUUUUGGAGGAUCCCUAAUUAGAUUUUUUUUUUCUCUGUAGAAUGUAUAAACAAUGUGGUUGUACAGACCGUCCAAACCUUACUUCUUUUGUUGAUUUAGAUCAGACUUCAGUGACAAAGAACCCAAGUCAAUAAAUUAACCAAAAAGUAUUUUUGUUUUCCUCUCGGUUUGCACGAGGUCACACUGUGAUUCCAGCCACGUGCUAAAGAAUGUAGCAAUCCCUUGUGCCCCAGUAUUAUUGUGUAGUGCCUAUGGGGUUCAAUAUCUUGACAUGCCUUAAAAUUAACCAAAUAAAGUAUUUUUCCUACAUGGCAUCUUUUAUACACAUUGUUGAACUGAAUGUAGUGUUGGAUUCUGAAACAUUUUAUUUUUAAGGUUGUACUCAGACACUCUGACAACAACAACCGUAAUCUUUCUACAUCCCCAUUCCUCUUAUUUGAAUUUUCUUUUGCUCUGUUUUCUUUUUUUUUAUAUAUUGAAAUCUAGUCUUGAGUUUGCUGGAGAGGGAAGUGGAUGAACCCGUUUGGUUUGUACAUAGUAGGUACAGGGGGAUGCGCACUAUGUACUUUUGACUACUUUAUCAGAAGUAAAGCUUUUUGAAUGUAACAACAAAAAAAAACGGACAAAAAGACAACGAUAGUUGUAAUAUUUUUUUGGGGGGAAGUCAGUUCACUACAAAUUGAGUGUGAGACUGUUAACUUUGUACUGUAAAUUUCUUUUGUAGUUCUCCCAAUAAAAAUCAUCUUG